GGGCCGUGUCAUCGUAUUUUGUUCUCUCUUGGGUCGCUGAUCUGCGAACCAGGUGGGGAAUGAUCCAUGACUGCUGACCACUCACAUCUAGGUCAUGACCAGUGAAAAGUUCUCAACAUGAACGCAUUUCGUCUACAGCCUUGCUGCCGACCCACGGCGUCGUUGCGGAUGCGUUAUUUAGCCACACAUUAUGACCCACGAUAACGAGCAGGCCAGGUAAUCUCCACUCGCGCGCCGUCUCGUACGGCGGAAGAAUUAUCUCCCAGAAACAUUCAAUCACAAACAACUUCAACUUAUCUUGCUCCGAAGAUAUAACCACAAAUUUUGACCCGCGAUUGGUGAUUGGGCCAAUGCAAGUUGGUGCACUUGUAACCGCAGCACUCUUUGGCUGCCUUGUCAUCCAAACCUAUGUAUACUUCACAAGGUUCAUCGACAGCCCGAGCUUCAAAGCAACAGUGGCAGCGGUCAUCUUAUUUCAACUUGGUCACUUCGUCACUGUAAUAUUCACAAUGUGGAAAAUGACGGUGACUGCAUAUGGUGACCCAUCAAAGCUGGAUGCCCUUCCUGUCAGCGCGAUUAUCACUGUUUUACUCAGCAGCUUGACGGCGUUUCUGGCCCAGUCAUUCUACGUAUAUCGGCUUUGGAAGCUUUCUGGAAAGGUUUUCUUCCCAAUCCUCUCAGAAAUAUUCUGUGUAGUCGCUGAGCUGGCAACACUCUUUGUCGUCAUAAAGGCAUUGUCCAUGACAAAUCUCGCACACUUUUUGGUUGAACAGAAUGUCUGGAUUGCGAUCGGGUUCACCAGUCGUGCAAUCUGCGAUAUAACAAUUACUGUGGGUGUUACCUGGAGUCUGAAAAAACAGAAGCGUGCCCGGAGACGCGAUAACGUGAAGACCGCAAUGGUUGACUGCCUGAUUUUGUGGACAAUUGAAAAUGGUUUGGCAACUAGCUUGAUGUCACUGUUAGUUAUGGCAGCGGUAAGAUGUCUCCUUUUGCCAAAUCAAUCGCAUGCUGAAUAGCUCAGUGUCUGUACCUCCAAGGAACUUGUGAGUUCGUUCCAUUCGGGCGGACUUGGUCUUUCCUAAACAAAUGCAUGUAGAUGUGUGGUUUGGUUUGUAUCUUAUACAAGCCAAUGUUUUUGCGAAUGCGCUAUUAGCCUCGUAAGUCGUCCAAAGCAAAACUACG